GCAGUUGCAAAGGGAAUCAAGUUGCUCUACUUUCCUCAGAAACCAUGUUUUAAUGGUUCUUCAGGCUACAAACUAAUACUGACUGUAAGAAUGCACAGACCUAGCCUCUUGCAGGUAACAUCAGUUUUGUUUCGGAGAGCAGACCCCAUCAGGAGGAUUGCUCUAGCAGUUAGUGUAGCAGCUGCUGUUCUUAAGAUACAGAGUGUAUUUUGGAGCCUUUGUCUCUGCCAGAAAGUCCAGGUGGCUUUGCUGCUGUAGAAAGUUCUCCCUACGUGCCUUGUAUUUUCUGCAAAGAAUGCUAUCUCUUAGCAGAGCAAAACCAGCUCCUGAAGCACAUGAUUAUUGAACACAAGCUCGUCAUAGCAGAUGUGAAACUGGUAGCGGAUUUUAGAAGAUACAUCUUGUACUGGAAGAAGAGGUUUGCAGAACAGCCCAUCACAGAUUUUUGUAGCGUAAUAAGAACAAAUUCGGAAGCUCCGUUAGAAGAACAGGAUAAUUAUUUUCUUCUAUGUGAUGUUUUACCAGAAGACAGAUUACUUAGAGAACAGCUUCAGCAGAAGAGACUGAGAGAAGUUCUGGAACAGCAACAGCGCGAGAGAGAUGACACAAGUUUCCAUAGUAUGUGUAUGUUCUGCGAUCAAGAAUUCACAGGAAACAGAUCUGUCCUUCUCAAUCAUAUGGCAAGGGAGCAUGCUUUUAACAUUGGGCUGCCAGAUAACAUUGUGAAUUGUUGUGAGUUUUUAGCCGUAUUGCAGGGGAAGCUUGACAAUUUGCAGUGUUUAUACUGUGAAAAAGUCUUCAGAGACAAAAACACACUUAAAGAUCACAUGAGAAAGAAGCAGCAUCGCAGAAUCAAUGCCAAAAACAAAGAAUAUGACAAAUUUUACAUCAUUAAUUACUUGGAAUUUGGAAAGUCCUGGGAGGAAGUGCAGUCAGAGGAUGACCGGGAGCUACUAGAUAACCUAGAAGAAGACUGGUCAGACUGGGAAGAGCAUCCUGUGUGUGCUGUUUGCCUGUUCUGUGAACAACAAGCGGACACCACAGAAAAACUGUAUCUUCACAUGCAGAAAUCACAUGGAUUUGACUUUCCUAAAAUAAAGACAGAGCAUGGUCUGAACUUUUAUCAGCAAGUAAAGCUACUGAACUUCAUCAGGAGAGAAAUCCAUCAUUGUCGUUGCUACAACUGCCAGGAGAAGUUCCAGUCUAAAGGAGGAUUGAUAAGUCAUAUGGAGGAGACCAAACACAUUACAUUCUUGCCAGCUAGGUCUACAUGGGAUCAACCACAGUAUUAUUUUCCUACCUAUGAAAAUGAUACACUCCUGUGUACGCUCUCUGACAGUGAAGAUCUGAUAACUGAGGGUCAAAGUGAAGAUAUCCCUGUUGUAAGCGAAGAUAUAUCCAAUCUAAAAGCUCUCAAACAGAGCAGUGUUUUAAACCAGCUCCUGUAUAAAGAGAACAAGAGUCAGGAGAAAUUCUGACCUAGAAUUACAGCUGCUGACUUUUGAGUGUUUCUUCUGCAAGAUAAAAAAACCCUCAUUCUUUCAGUAAUAUUGAAAUAGUUUAACUCAUAGAUGUUAUCACUGGGCAAAUAUUAUACGAAAGUGAAUGCGAAAUAAAAUUUAACUGUAA